UCCCCCCCCCCCCCCCUCCUUUUCCCGAGGCUGCUUUGCACAGGCUGGAGAGAGCGAGAGCGAGAGAGAGAGAGAGAGAGAGAGGGAUAGAGAGAGAAACACAGUCUAUUCUGCAGACGUUGCUGUGACAGCAGCUGCGAGCGAGAGCAAGGCACAGAGGCUCAGAAACACACUCACCAACUCGUACACUCGCAGCCGAACACAGGCUGGGGACCUGGACUAGCUCUACUGGAAACGUGCAAAGUCAUCGGGAACUCGCUGUCUCCAUUGUACGAUUGUGCUGGCCAUUGUGCCUCGCUGUGAAACUCUUUAGUUUUACUUCCUUGCGGCUGUGCAAUGGAUCCAGAGCCAAGACAUUUGCAGUCCGUAUUCUACAUGUGGCUCACCGUGCUUCUUUCCUCCGUCACAGCAGACUUAGUACCUCGGUUCUCAACGGAGCCUUUCUCAGCUCUCCAGAAACUAGGGGGACGAGUUCAGCUACACUGCAGUGCAGAACCCGUCUCAGCACAAGUUACAUGGCUUUUCUGUGGUCAGAAAUUAACGGACAGUGGGCAGAAUGGAAUAGAAAUGCAAUCAGGAUACUUAACGAUCUCAAAUCUACAGACAUCCCAUGUUGGAAGGUACCAGUGUGUGGUGAGCAGUCCUAUUGGUGCAAUAGUCAGCAGUCCUUCCUCCGUCACCAUUGCAAGUGUAAGUGACUUUCAGCCACAUAACCAGCGUGUAGUUACAAUAGGUGAAGGAAGCACAGGAGUCAUAGAGUGCCAUUUACCUGACAGCAAACCCGCUGCAUUAAUCCGCUAUCGAGUGAGAGGCAAAUGGCUGGAGCAGUCUACAAAAAACUAUUUAAUCCUACCAUCGGGUAACCUGCAUAUAUUGAAUGCCACGCAGCAGGAUAAAGGAGCAUACAAGUGUGGAGCAUACAAUCCUGUCACUCAUGAGAUGAAGAUGGAGCCUUCAGUUCACAAAGUGCUCGUCAAACGCUUUUCAAACAAUCCUGCACACAUUGUUUACCCCACAACCCCACAAAAUGUUACCGUAAUUCAGCAUAGUCCUCUGACCCUGGAAUGUGUGGUAAGCGGAAGUCCGACCCCCAACGUCCGAUGGCUAAAAGAUGGAGUGGAUGCAUUUGAAAGUGGAAGAAGACGAUUGUUUCGUACUAACCUGAUAGUGGAUCGAGCUGUGGAAAUGGAUACAGGAAACUAUUUAUGUAUAGCGGAGAAUGAAGCUGGAGUGCUGGUAUCUUCCAACUACACAGUGACAGUUCACGAACCAGCUGCAAUUGUCAAAGGUCUGCGCGAUGUGACUGUACCAUUGGGAUCCACAGUACGCUUCACUUGCAAUCCACGUGGAAACCCAAAGCCUAAUGUUACCUGGUUCCACAACGCUGCCCCUGUACAGUUGGGCCUUCGGCAUCUGAUCGUGGGAAGCAGAUUAAAGAUCGUGGCACUGAUUGCUGAAGAUGCCGGGAUGUAUCAAUGCAUCGUAGAAAAUGGAAUCGGCUCUGCUCAAUCCUCAGCAAGACUAGCAAUCCAGUCAGACCGAGGCACGAAACCUGUAAUCAUUUCUCCGCCCAUAGAUGCCAGAGUGUUUGAAGGAGAAUUUGUUGUACUGACAUGUAAUGCCACCGGCCAGCCUGCACCAGUUAUUCGCUGGUUGGAUAGCAAUGGACCAAUAACUAGUCAUCCAUCCCAGAUUCUCCGACCAAAACUGCGACCUUCUCAAUUAUCCGGGAUGGGCAGUGCCACUUCCGGUAGUCCCCUCACCAUGUCCAGAGCGGGAUCAAGUUCUUUGUACAUACGCAAGGCCACUGUGGAACAUUCCGGGCAAUACAUCUGCAUGGCCUCCAACAAUCUGGGCACAGUACAAGCAGAGGCCGUUUUGUCAGUAGAAACGAGGAGCAGGGUCGAUGAGCAAAGUCCCACGCCCCUCGGGAGAGGCUCCGACAUCAUUCAGAGUGACGAAGGGGCAGAUUAUGAUAAGACGGGCCUAUUGCACCGACAGCCAACAAAAACAGCUGUACCCGAAACUGAGAAGGUCAACAUCCACUCCCUACCCGAUGCUCCCAUCAUUCUCAGCCCCCCACAGACCAUCAAGCCAGACACCUAUGACUUAGUGUGGCGCCCAGGGAAAGAUGGCGGCACACCCAUCAAUGCCUAUUUUGUCAAGUAUCGAAAGCUGGAUGACGGUGGAAAUAUGGUGGGAAGCUGGCAUACAAUCCGUGUUCCUGGAAGUGAGAAUGAACUGCGACUCAGCGAGCUGGAAUCCUCUAGUCUGUAUGAGGUGCUGAUGGUCGCACGGAGUGCUUCAGGGGAGGGCCAACCUGCCAUGCUGACAUUCCGAACCAGUAAAGAGCGAGCGUCCGCCCCGAAGAAAAAUACGCAGACGCCAUCACAACCGUUGGGAGUUCCCAAACAACCAGCACUGGAGGAUAACAACGGCAGUCGAUUCGGUGUAGUAAUGGCCGAUCCUUCACGGCACAGUGGAGUCCCUGAAGCGCCAGAUCGUCCAACCAUCUCAACUGCGUCUGAGACUUCUGUGUAUGUGACUUGGAUUCCAAGAGCAAACGGUGGCUCCCCCAUCACCUCAUUUAAAGUGGAAUACAAACGAAUGGGGAGGAACAGUGACUGGCUCGUGGCAGCAGAGAACAUCUCUCCAUCAAAACUCUCCGUGGAAGUACGCAACCUCGAACCAGGUGCCACUUACAAGUUUCGUGUGAUUGCCAUUAAUGCCCACGGUGAGAGCCCCAGGAGCGCUGGCUCCCGACCUUAUCAGGUGGCCGGAUUCAGCAGUCGCUUUUCAACACGGCCAAUCACAGGUCCUCACAUUGCCUACACAGAGGCGAUCAGUGCCACAGACAUUAUGCUGAAAUGGACGUAUAUUCCAUCCAGUAACAACAACACUCCCAUCCAGGGGUUUUACAUCUAUUACCGGCCAACUGAUAGUGAUAAUGACAGCGAUUACAAGCGAGAUGUAGUGGAAGGCAACAAACAAUGGCACCAGAUCAGUCAUCUUCAACCCGAGACCUCGUACGACAUCAAGAUGCAGUGCUUCAAUGAGGGUGGAGAGAGCGAAUUCAGCAAUGUCAUGAUCUGUGAGACCAAAGCUCGAAGGCACUCGGGAUCUUCUGAAGUGUGGAGAGAUGGAUUGAGCACCCAGUCCAAUCUGGCAGAACCCCCGGGCAAUGGUUAUGGAGCCUCUCCCUCUAGCACACGCAGCAGCGACAUGUUGUACUUGAUUGUGGGGUCAGUGCUGGGGAUCAUGGUCCUCAUCCUCAUCAUCUUUAUCGCCAUGUGCCUUUGGAAGAACCGCCAGCAGACCACUAUGCAGAAAUACGAUCCUCCUAACUACCACUACCAAGGCCAAGAAGUCAAUGGCCAGAUAAUGGAAUACACUACACUCCCAGGGACCAGUCGGAUCAAUGGUAGCAUUCACGGCAGCUUUAUUGGCAACGGAAACCUCAGCAAUGGCUGCCCACAUCUACACCAUAAAGUAUCAAAUGGGAUGAACGGAUUAAUGAAUGGAGGGACAGGGCUGUACCCCAACCACACUAACUCUCUACCAAGGUCUCACAUAGACUACGAUCAUUCUCAUCACAUCAUGAAUGGAGGUGGGAUCUACACUGCGCUUCCGCAGACGGAACAAUCCGAGUGCAUCAACUGCCGUAACUGCAGGAACAACAAUAGCAGAUGUUUCACCAAAACCAACGGCACGUUUCCGAGCAACAGUUUGCCAUUAAUGCAUCGGGUUCCGUCCUGCCACCAGGACAGCAUGGAGAUGGUGUCCCUCAGUCACACCCUGGCUCCGAUGUGUUCCGACUCCGUCCCUGAAGAUACUAAAGAAGAAGAUUGUGACCAUCCAAACAAAAAUACAGAGCAGUCUCUUUCACAACAUUCCUGCUGCCAGGACCAUGUGGACCAUUUGUGCCUGGACAAUACGGAAGGUAAAGAAUAUCCUGAAUUGGAGACUGAGAACCAGGCGCUGAGCUGUGUUCCUUCCUCUCUCGUUGCUGCUCCAAUAGACUGUUAUAGUGUAACAGCUGAGAGUCCAACACAACCCACUGAGGACAACCCUUCUAAUAAUCCAUCACACGCAGAACUACAGGAAGCCUAAAGAGUCGAUUCCUGUUUAUCUGAAGCCAGUAAUUGUCGCUGAGAGGACCAAGGAGGGAAAUCAGAAAUCGAUACUAUUUAUUUUUCUGUAGUACUAAAAUAUUAUUCCAUAUGAAUGUAUCUGGUUUAAAGAUUUCGUUGCUUUUUAAUUAUUUAUGCCUUCAGAUGAGAAAUUCCUUCUCUGCAGAACUUGAAGUUUUAGCCUUGUUUUGUAUAAAGUCUUGUAAUAAUAUAAAAAGAGGAAGCUAUAGAAAGUGUUAAUAAUGAACCACGACAAUUGUGGUGGAAUGGAAUGAGGAGCACUUCAAAUAAUGGACUUUAUGAGACUUGAUACACCGCAUGAAAGCACAGAACCUAAUGCCAAGGUUGACUCGAACAGUAGAUAAUGGAAGUGGAGGAUGGAGUCAUAACUAACAUGAUGUGUGACACAUCAACACAGUUAUUAAACACUAAACAUGGUAUUGAUGCCUUUGGUAGUAAGACUGAGCUAAGGAGCUGAUGAACUGUCUUGUUCAAUGCAGCCCUGCACUCUAGCAAGUGGCUGACUCGAUUCACAUUGAUCAUUGCAGUUCAGGUUUCUGUCCCACCACCUCAUUCACCUCUAUUGUAGGGCAUAUCUUCCCACCCCCAACCCGUCACAUUAUUCUGUGGAGUUGCUAGGGGUUGUGUAUGGAUACUUGGCUUUUUGAUCCCUCCACAAACAAUGGCACUCUGAGCAUUUGGCGGUUCAGUUAAAGCAAGCACAUGUGGCUGAUGGAUUUUUUUUCUUUAACAAACGUGAGCACGGUACUGUAUUUCCACACGAUGCUUUACCUUGUGCCUGUUAGCAGCAGCUCAAGAAACUAGGGCAAAAGGCAAUUCCCCCAGCACAUAAGUAUGUGGCUCAUUGGAACAGUAAUGUUCACUGUCACUCGUGCUAAAUGUGCAGCCUGGAUGUUAUCCAUCUAAACCUGAGAAUCCUUUUUUGCGCAUAUAAUCUGGCUAAUGGGUUGACGAAACCAAGCAGCUCGAUUUUGUUUCCAAGUGGAUAAGUCUUUGAGGUCCAAGUCAGUGGAGUUGAGGAGCUGACCACCCACAGCCCCACGUCUUGUCUUAAUUCACGGACAAAUGAGGCAAGCUGCUGUUCCAUGUGCAACAGCUAAACAAGUCAAUGUUGCGGUAAUGCUUCAUGUAAUAGGACUGAGGACAGCUACGUAAGAGGUGCGGUGUCGCUGCACGUUUUGGAUGCGGUUACAGUUGCUAUUAAUGUCAUAACAUGUUUGAGAGAGGCAAAAAUGUGGCUUCAUUACACUACGCAAAAAUUGUUUGAACACUUCAGCCAUAUUAAUAUAUUGCAGGUUGGGUCGUCUGGAUUUGUGGAGCCGGUGUCGUUGUGGUAAAUUAUAUUUUUGUGGAUUGAAUGCAUUGCAUCGGCUUCAGAUACCUUGAGUCACAGACUGUGUGCCUUUCGAGCGUAUUCUGAUCAAUGCAUAGAGCCGUAAAAUGGCUCGCAGCACACACUGCCGUUUUUGUGACUGGUUUUGAUUCAUCAGUAAGUUUUCACUGUUGGUUAUGCUGGAGAAAAGGGGCAACUUUCCAUCCCCGUCCCCCCAGGCGGGGCUAACUCAUUGCGAAAUGCUUCUUUGCCGUCCCGAAGAGGUUGUGAAACUCGCUUAUUGAGGGCGUUUCGAGUUGACAUCAAGACUUGACGAUUCCAACUUGUAACCCUCUGUCCAGGUGCAAUAUUUCAGCUACGUUUAGUCGGAUCAUUUGUAAAGUUAAAAUCGUAAAACUUCCGAAACCCUGUCUCAAAAGUAACCCAUCUUGAGAGAGGAUCACUGUGACCGUGGGGCAUCGGACCUUCUUAAUCUGUUUUGAAAGCAACUCCUCAAAUAGAUUUUGGAUAAUCACAAACCAGUUUGCACUGAACUGCUCACAUUUCAUAAAUGACAGUAAGAACUCAGUCAAUUUCAGCUCUUCAAAAUCCGACCGUUGUAAAUUCCCUUUUGAAAAGGAAGUAAAAAUUAACCAUUUCUGUUUUUAACGAAAAACAGAAAUAUUAUGGCCUUUUUCCCCCAUGUGUGAUACUUGGGGUAAUAUUCAACACUACACAGCACACACUAAUCUCCAAAAGCCAUAACUGGGUCGUGUUUGGAAACCAUUUAUACGACUUUAAAGGUGCAAUUGGCAAAUGUAUUCAGUUUUUCACUUGAAACCUACAUCCAACUGUUGAAAAGGGUCCUGAGAGAUGGACACCAAAUCCUGUUACUCCAGUAUUGGUUAGAGAGCUUCAAGUAGUUGCUCCAGCUGUGAAUCUUCAUGUACCACCAAUGUGUAUCGUCUCAUUUCAAUCCUUUUGUCAGUAAUGGCUCGUUCACAAGAAUUUCAAACUGCCUNAAAAAAGAAUUUCUAUAUUUUGGUGUUUUUUUUUAAUGACCUGUCGUCGCUCUAUAUGGAAAUGCAAAGUAGCAUUGCCUUUCAAAAAUGCAUGUUUUUGUACUAUAUAGAAAAUAUGCUAUAUUUUCAUAAAAGGUUGUAAUAUUCUUGUUGAAAUUGUACAUACUUUUAAUAUGGUAGGUCCGCGAGAUGCUAUGUGUUUGUAAGAUAAUGUUAAUAUUAAAGUUGAUGCUGCUGCCUGCAGCAGUGAUCGGUACUGCCUCGGUGCCACGCAGCACUCUGAACUUCUCA